AAAUAUGUCUGUGAAUGUUGUCUGUCUACAUGUGUUGCUUGCUCAUCUGUGGGCAAUCCAUUUCUCGUAAAGUUUUCGCACCGCAAUGCAAACACACACACACACACACAUAGUCCUGGCAUUCCUUUUAUCAGAAACACACCUACAUCCCUCCCUCCCUCUCUCUCUCUUUCUCUCUCUCUCUCCGUCUGCCGCCUCCCUCGGCCACACGGGCUCACAAGUGGAUCUCCCCCUCGAGCAAACUGCAGCACGGACUCAUUUCUCCACGCACCAGCUCUGAGUGGAUGCUCACUCAGCAGGGGUGUUUUGAGAUAUUAGCACGCUGUGUGUGGGGGUGAGAGUGGGUGAGAGUGGGUGUGGUGGUGGGGGGAGGGAAGCAACUCACCCACAUCCACCAUCCCCCGUUCAAAGAGGCUACAGUCAGGAGAAUGGGCAAAUCGGAAAGCCAAAUGGAUAUCAUGGAGAAAUCGGGUAAACCUGGCAAACGUGGAUGGACGGUAGCAGAAAUCGGUCUGUCUGUGCUCCUGCUGCUAGUCAGCUGCGCCUUGGCCGGCCUGGUGGUCCUCUACACAUCGGUGCUCAAAGAACAAUCUCAGCGUUCGAGUGGCUCACGCAGCUCAGCAGACAUGGGAGGUCAGCUGUUGCGCUCCAACCUCGACAGUGUGUGCACAACUGCAGAUUGCGUAACCGCAGCAUCACGGCUCCUGCAGAACAUGGAUGCGUCGGUGAAGCCCUGCGAUAACUUCUACCAGUACGCCUGCGGGGGCUGGCUGGAGCGCCAUGUCAUCCCCGAGACCAGCUCGCGUCACAGCGUCUUUGACAUCCUCGGGGACAAGCUGGAGAUUGUUCUCAAAGGUGCUUUGGAGACGGAAAGCAAAGAAGACAGAGAUGCCAUCAAGAAAGCCAAAAUACUUUACAGCUCCUGCUUGAAUGAAAGCCUCAUUGAGCAGCGCGACUCUCAGCCACUCCUGAUGCUCAUCGACAUUAUCGGCGACUGGCCUGUGGCUUCUGAUGACUGGAACGCCACCUCUGAAGAAGAAUGGAACCUCGAGGACACGCUGGCCACAAUGACCGCUCGCUUUCAUAAGAAGCCUCUCCUGGACAUGUCCGUGUGGACCGACGACCGAGAUUCUCGGCGCCAUAUCGUUCAUAUUGACCAGCCGGAACUCGGGAUGCCUUCGAGAGAUUAUUAUUUUAACGAUGGAAACUACAAAAGGGUUCGCGAGGCCUACCUCCACUUCAUGGUCGCCAUCGCCAAGAUGACCCGUGAGGACAGGAACCUGACGCAGGACGAUGAACGCGUGUGGGAGGAAAUGAUGCAAGUCUUGGAACUGGAGACGGACAUUGCCAACGCCACAUUGCCGGCUGAGGAGCGUCAGGAUGUCACCGUUCUUUACAACAAGAUGACGGUGAACGAGCUGCAGAGUACUUUUGGCUUUAACGGUUUUAACUGGACACGGUUUAUUCGAGGCGUGCUAUCCAGCGUGUCACUCAGUGUGGAGCUGGAAGAGGAAGUGGUGGUGUACAGCUCACCUUACCUGGACAAGAUGAAUGAAGUCCUCUCCAGACACAGUGUUCGAACUAUGCAGAACUAUCUUACCUGGCAGCUGGUCAUUGACAGAGUUAACAGCUUAAGUCGGCGUUUCAAAGACGCCUGGGCCCGUUACAGGAAGACUCUGUAUGGGACCACGGUGGAGGAUGCCUGGUGGCGAGAAUGUGUCCGAUACGUCCAGAACAGCAUGAAGAAUGCCGUCGGAGCGCUGUACGUACGAGAGACUUUUGCCGGGGAAAGCAAACGAAUGGUCAGUGACCUCAUCGGAAAAAUCCAAACAGCGUAUGUGGAAACACUUGAGGAGCUAGGCUGGAUGGAUGCAACCUCCAAGGAGAAGGCCAGAGAGAAGGCCAUGGCCAUCAAAGAGCAUAUUGGAUAUCCAGAUCACAUUCUGCAAGAAGAUAACCAGAAACUGGACCAAGAGUAUGCUCACUUGAAUUUUAGCGAGGAACACUACUUUGAGAACAUUCUGGAGAAUCUCAAGUCUGAGGCCCACAAGAGUUUUAAGAAGCUCAGAGAGCCGGUGGAUCCCAACUUGUGGAUCAUCGGUGUUGCAGUGGUGAAUGCUUUUUACUCUCCCAACAGAAACCAGAUCGUGUUUCCCGCGGGCAUCCUGCAGCCACCUUUCUUCAGUCAACAUCAACAGCAGGCUUUGAACUUUGGUGGAAUCGGAAUGGUCAUCGGUCAUGAGAUCACGCAUGGAUUUGAUGAUAAUGGGCGUAAUUUCGACAAGGACGGCAACAUGCUCAACUGGUGGAGUAAUUACUCGGCAGAACAUUUCAAGGAGCAGUCACAGUGCAUGGUGCAGCAGUACGGGAAGUUCAACUGGAAACUUGCUGGCGGACAAAACGUGAGCGGAAUCAGCACUUUAGGGGAGAACAUAGCUGAUAACGGAGGGGUUCGGCAAGCCUAUAAGGCUUACCUUAAGUGGGUGGAGACAGAAGGAGAAGAGCCUCGUCUGCCUGGUCUAGACAUGGAUCACAAGCAGUUGUUCUUUCUUAACUUUGCCCAAGUUUGGUGCGGGGCGUAUCGACCCGAAUAUGCCAGCCAAUCCAUUAAGACAGACUCUCACAGCCCUUUAGAGUACAGGGUUCUCGGUUCACUCCAGAAUUUUGAAGCCUUCUCAGAGGCGUUCCAGUGCCAGAAAGGGAGCCCGAUGAACCCAGAGCAAAAAUGUCGCGUCUGGUAGUAGAUUUUUGUUGUGACAACUAACUGAAAGGAGACACUGUCUUCAUGCUGACAACUGCAACGGGCUCAUUUAUUUGGGGUGACGCCGAGUAUUGAAGUCACUUUUGGCGUAUUUGCAAGCGAGGACAUUGUGGACUCGUUUUACGGCUAGAAAGAAAAGGGUCUGGUGGAUUCACGAGGCAACAGCAACGUUUUACGUAAAGCAUUUUCUUCUGGGAAUUUUACUCACGAAUCUUGAGAACAGAUCUUUGUGAUUAACUCGUGAAUGUUCUCGCUCGAGCGCCACGGAGUCAAUCACGGCGAGCACUCUCAAAAGUGAAAGGCGGCUACAAAAGACUUAGUUCCGCUCUGUGACUUUGUGUACUGGCUGCUAAAGUGCAGCUAAUUACCUGAAAGACUUAAAACUUAAAUCUUUGCAGCUUUAACCAUAAAUUAACAUUUAAAGUGAGCUGCAGCUUUUCAACAAAUUAUUUAAAUAUUUAACUCUGGCUCUUCAGAAGCUUUUUGAGUGUCUCACACAUGUACACUACUAAUGGUUGACACGGCUUGACAUGACUUGUUUGAAUUUCAACUGAUGGAUUGAGGCGGAAAAACAUUUUCAUACACGACAGUUGUGUAGUUAAUUGUUAUGUAAAAAGUUAUUCGACUAAUGCUUAGGAGCAAUGUAGAAAACAAAAUUUCCACCUUGUCUUAUCAUAACUGAUUCACAGCAAAAAACUGUUUUGCUUUUCAAACUGUAAAAUAAGCAAAAUCGCUUCUUGUAGCUAAUAUGUAGAGAAAAUAACAACAAUAUAACAACGAUUACGCUAGCUAGCGCGAGUACAGCAUUUGACAAUAAAUUCCCUUUUCAGUUUUAGUGUUGUCAUAAAUAUUUUCCUUGUCUGCUAAUUAUUUGUUGA